AAGGGUAACUUGACGCUGGCCUGCAGCAUAGCGCCAUCCUCAGCUGAUACAGUGCAGCAUGGCUGCCAGGCAAUUACUGACACAAUAAUACUGACCCACCACAAGGGGUAAUGAGAGCACUACUGGCGAUAUUACCUCAUGAGACCCAUGUAUAACAAGUUACUGCUAGCCCCUGACCCAGGGUUGGAGACUGGCCCACAGGGGAAACCUAUGGCGGACACCACUACAUGAGGGAUGCAGUCAGGAUCCCGGCAGCCAGAUAACCGACACUGGAAUACCGACAUCCCGAAUAGGUAGACAUCUCAGCGUCGGAAUCCCGGGAUGUCGAAUGUCCUCACACCGCGCCACUGAGGAGGUACCAGAGGGAAACAGUCGUGGUGCCAUGUCGUUUCCCGCUCCCAAAGUCCGACCACCGGAACUGCCCCGGUGUCUGCAGCGCCGACUGACCUGUAACCAGGGAGCCGUAAGGGCAGUGAGGUUCAACGUGGAUGGUAAUUAUUGUAUAACGUGUGGCAGUGACAAAUCUCUGAAGCUAUGGAACCCACAUAAGGGAACAAUGCUGAAAACAUACAGCGGCCAUGGAUAUGAAGUGCUUGAUGCAGCAGGGUCAUUGGACAACAGCCAGCUGUGUUCCUGCAGUUCCGACAAAACCGUAAUCCUCUGGGAUGUGGCGCAGGGUCUGAUGGUGAGGAAGUUCCGUGGACACGCAGGGAAAGUGAACUGCGUGCAAUUUAAUGAGGAGUCCACAGUCGUCAUAUCAGGUUCAAUAGAUUCUUCUAUAAGAUGUUGGGACUGUCGAUCUCGCAGACCAGAAGCUAUUCAGAUAUUGGAUGAAGCCAAGGAUGGCAUUUCCAGCAUCAAAGUGUCCGACCAUGAGAUCCUGGCUGGCUCUGUAGACGGCAGCCUGCGUCGGUAUGACCUCCGGAGUGGAGAGAUGUGCGCAGAUUACGUUGGCAGUCCCAUUACAUGUGUCAGCUUCAGUCAGGACUCGCAGUGUCUCUUAGCAUCCUCGCUGGAUUCUUCCCUUCGCCUCCUCGACAAGGACACAGGAGAGCUGCUCGGGGAGUACACAGGACACCAGAACAAGAGCUACAAGCUGGACAGCUGCCUGAGUGAGAAAGACACACACGUGGUCAGCUGCUCCGAGGACGGGACAGUCUGUUUCUGGGACCUGGUGGAGGGUUCCCUCGUGCUCAAGCUGCCAGUCAGUAAAGGAGUCGUACAAUCUCUCUCAUAUCACCCAACUGAGCCGUGUCUGCUGACGUCCAGUGAGGGCGAAAUCCAGGUCUGGAGAGAGACCCCACACGAAGAGAAUACAGCACAAUAACACUGUAUAUAUUCUGUUUUUUCCUGUUAGGGAGAUAUAUUUUGUACCCAUUUUAUUAAAAUAAUAAAUUCCUUUUAUUUGUUUGGAAACAA